AUGGCAGCAAAUGCAUUAGAUAUAAAUGACUCAUACGGGGUGGAUUAUCAAGGAUUUGUUGCGCUUCAUUUAGGCGCUGGCAAACACCAAACUAGCUUAAGGCCGAUUUACAAGCGAAUUAGUCAGGAAGCUUGCUCAAAGGCUUUAAGCACGUUAAGUGCUGAAAAAUCAGUAACAAAGGCAGUCACAGAGGCUAUGGUAUCGUUAGAGACAUGUGGUGUUGUUAAUGCAGGAGUGGGAUCAGCAUUGAACUCUGAUGGUGCUGUUCAGUGCGAUGCUAGCAUCAUGGACGGCCAGAGUUUGGCAUUUGGAGCUGUCGGUUGUGUAUCUGGGAUUCCAAAUCCUACUCAAGUUGCCUUUGAAAUUCUUCGUAACAGUAAUAAUCGUCAUAGGCUAGGGUUGAUAUCACCCCUUCUUUUAACAGGUGACGGAGCUAGAGAUUUCGCAAUUAAGAAUGGUAUCCACAACGCUCCUCCGGAAUCAUUGAUUAGCGAUAAGGCUCUGAAAAAAUAUUUUAAAAUUAAGGAAAUGGUUGCUUCGCUCAAAAGCGCAACUACAGUUAACGAAAGUAUAGGAUGUUCGGACGAUAUUCAAGAUACAAUCGGGGUUAUCUGUGUUGAUUCAUCUGGGCAAAUUGCUGUAGCAGCCUCUAGUGGAGGAAAUCAAUUUAAAAUGCCUGGCCGAAUUGGACAAUCUGCAAUCUACGGUGCUGGAUGUUGUGCUUAUAACGGUCAUGAAAGUCACGGCUGCAGUGUCGCUGCGACUACAACAGGUGUUGGAGAGCAGAUUAUCAGGACAAACCUGGCCAAACAACUUUGUGACGAAAUUCUAAAUCAAGGCACCGGCGUUAGCAUGCUACGAAAGAAAGCUAGCUGGAGCGUUAUCGCUUAUAUACUAUCCUAA